UAGUUAAAUUGCUGUUCUCAGCCUCAUCAUCAUAUUCUCUCUGGCUUCUCAUCCUUAUCUUAACAUCAUUCUCUCUAGGUGUCUUUCUCCAAAACCCAAAACCAAGUGUUCUCUUGCUGCAGAAAACCAAGAAAGAAAGGGGAAGACUAUUUUUGUUUUCUGUAAAGCUUGCUCAUAUAUAGCCAUGGCAUUUGCAGGAACCACACAGAAGUGCAUGGCAUGUGACAAAACUGUUUAUCUGGUUGACAAAUUAACUGCAGAUAACAGAAUUUAUCACAAAGCUUGUUUCAGAUGCCAUCACUGCAAGGGCACUCUCAAGCUUGGCAACUACAAUUCCUUUGAGGGAGUUCUAUACUGUAGACCACACUUUGAUCAGCUCUUCAAACAAACUGGCAGUUUGGAUAAAAGCUUUGAAGGUACACCAAAAAUUGUGAAACCACAGAAACCCAUUGACAGUGAGAAACCACAGGUAGCUAAAGUGACAAGCAUGUUUGGUGGAACAAGAGAGAAAUGUUUUGGCUGCAAGAAAACUGUCUACCCAACAGAAAAGGUAUCAGUUAAUGGUACGCCAUACCACAAGAUCUGCUUCAAAUGUAGCCAUGGGGGUUGUGUAAUUAGCCCUUCUAACUAUAUCGCACAUGAGGGGCGCCUCUACUGUAAACAUCACCAUAUUCAACUUAUCAAGGAGAAAGGCAACUUGAGCAAGCUUGAGGGUGACCAUGAGCUGAAUUCCGCGACAACAACACAAGUUACAGCAGAGUCAUAAACAGCCAACCAAGUCGCUUACUCCUCAGCUUUCCGCAAUCAUGUCUUCCUUCCGCAGCCAAUGUUUUCUCUCAUCUGCUUCCAUUACUUUGAUGCUGAACUAUAUAUUGUCUACUUCUGUGUGUAGAUUGACCUUUGUUUCUUAUGCUUCACUUGUAUCGUGUGAAUGUUGAAUGAGAUUGAAUAUAACACGGUUUUGAUGUUG